UUCUGAUGUUGUUUAAUAUAUUAUACCAAGUUCGGUUUUAUUGAGUCCGAACUGCGUUUAAAUGGUUUGGAAAUUUAUAUUUGUGUCCAACCAGUACAGAAGUAGCAAUUACUCGUGACAGUGUCAAAAGAAUAUGUUUGGUUGCGUGGUAUCUGGGCGAUUGAUCCAGACGGACUUCCAACAAGUUUCGGAAAACCAGUUUGUUUUAAGUCUCUCUGAACCUGACAAAGUGCAUCAUAUUGUGAUAUUUCUUCUUGGCACGAUACCCUUCCCUGAGGGAAUGGGAGGCGGGGUAUACUUCUCGUGGCCUGGCCCCCAACCUGCCUGGCAACUGUUGGGUCAUAUAUCUAAUACGAAGCCAAGUGCUAUAUUCAAAAUUUCUCAGUUACACAAAACAGCCGAAAGCAAUCCUUUUGGGACGUCUUUCACGCCAAACCAAGAAGGCAUGUCGUUGAUAGGGAUCUCUGUCGAAUCCCUGAACGACCUUUCUCAGCAAACAACAGCCUUGCAUACAACGCCUUCGACUCUGAACGCGCGAGUGGAGUUUACGAUGAAGAUGCUGGAAAAUUUUGUAAACUAUGCUUCGUCAUUUGGACUACAACAAAGUCAAAUGACCCCAAACCCUCAGGAAACUUAUGUGCCAAUGGGCGCCGUUCAGAAAUGGUUCGAAAAUUUUCAGCGAAAAAUGACAAACGAUCCUGAUUUUUGGAAGAAGUAGAUUGGCUAGUUCUAGCGAACUGUUGUUAGUUGUUGCAGUCGUGUGUUUUUGACAGGAAAAUUGAACUUUAAAUUAAUGAUAGCCAGAUAGGUAUAGUUUUAAAUUGCGACUAAUUGCUAUAGUUAACAGCAUUUAGUGUGAAUUUAGAGUUUGAAAUUCAGAAGGUUUGUAGUAUAAUUAUGUAGGAUUAUAGUUAUAUUUUUUAAAUUUCUACGAGAAAAUAUUUUGGUCAGCAAUAUUUGUACUGAUGUAGUUGUGAUUUACGGACGAGAAAUAAUGCAUUGUAGCUAUGUCCCUACUUGUGACAAUUAUGCGAUUUCAAGAUUCCAAUGUUUUAAAUGUUGGUUAUAAAUUUUCGAAAUUAUAGUUAGUAAAGGUAGUUGAUGUUAUAUCAUC